UCCGUACCUAAUCCACCCCUGGUCACUUCCCUUACCUACUUCAUGUAGGGACCUAAAACCAUUCCAUGGGUAUUAAGGAUGAUGGCUCCACGUUGCCCGCUGAAAGGCUAGGACUAAGUUCCAUCAUAUUGCUUAUACCUAUCCAAUCCUUUUACAUCUACCCGAAGUGUCUUGGGGUGGGGGCUAGGAGUCACUUUGGAGUUGUGUAAGAGUGUCUUUGAGUCUUGCAAGAGCUUGUGGUUAACUCUUCUAGAGGAAGAGUUGUCAGAAACCAGUAACUGCCAGUAGUCUGUACAGGCUGUAGGUUCUUGUUUCCGGAAUGCGCCAUUUUGUGAACUUCCCUCUUACAUGUUGAGUAUUUAGCGGGCCCCAGUCAUAUGACGCGGUGGAGCCCUUGGACCUGGAAGAGUUUCUGAUGUCACAGCUACGGAGUGGAGACUCCGCCCUCAUGCAGGAGCUUGGAGAUUUUCCCGACGACGACCUGGAAGUAGAACUGGUGGAGAAGGAGUGUCGGACCGUACGCCACUCUGUACCGGAGGAGGGGGUGGAGUUGGAUUCCCAUGUCAGGGACUGUGUUCAGAGUUACACCCAACCCUGGCUGAUGGUCAGCAGGAGGUGCCAGGGAGAUAGUUGGAGUGCAUAUUCGGAGCGGGCAUGUCUACACAAAACUCUGCAGAAACAGACAUUUGAGUCUGACGUGCAGCCAGAGAAACUAGAGACACCGGUGAAGUCCCCGUCUCUGGCGGUACUGAGUGAUGACUCCAGCAGGACCCUGACCUCCUCUGACUUUGACCUCCGCUCUGGUCUGACCCCUGAUCCCAGAGUGGAGGGGCUGCUGCACUUCAGUAACCAUGACGACCUGGACAGGUUCAACCAGGAAGCCCGGCAGGGGAACCGCCACCCUGAGCUGUUUGCCCUGUACCCACCCGCCGACGAGGAUGAUGCAGUGGAGAUCCGGCCCAUUCCCGACUGUCCCAAAGAGCACAUGGGCGACCGGAUCAUCAUCAGGUGUCAGGCCAUCAAGUUUGAGAUUGACAUUGAACCACUAUUUGCUACCCUGGCUCUGUACGACCUGAGAGAGAAGAAAAAGAUAUCCGAGAACUUCUACUGUGAUCUGAACUCAGACCAGUUUAAAGGGUUCCUGAAACCCCACACGCCACAGACGGACCACUCCACCCUCUCCCGAGCAGCCAUCUUCUCCAUCACAUACCCCUCCCCAGACAUCUACCUGGUCAUCAAGAUAGAGAAGGUGCUGCAGCAGGGAGAGAUCAGUGACUGUGCGGAACCAUACAUGGUCAUGAAGGAGACGGACUCAGCAAAGAACAAGGAGAAGCUGGAGAAGCUGCGUAAUCAGUCUGAGAUGUUCUGUCAGAGACUUGGUCGCUACCGCAUGCCCUUUGCCUGGGCUACAGUCAACAUCAUGAACGUCAUCAGCACCGCCACACUGGACCGAGACACCACCGACUCUGACAGCCUCAACGGUAAAUCCAGCAGUCUGGAAAAGAGAGGUCAGUUGCCCAGGAGGAACUCAGAGAGGUUCGGUACCAUGGAAGACCAGUGUAACAUGUCUGCCUUCAAACCUGCUACCAUCACCAUCAGCACCUUCUGCAAGCAGGAGGGGGACCGUCUGAGUGAUGAGGACUUGUUUAAGUUCCUGGCAGACAUCAAGAAGUUCUCAUCCCUGCAGAGAAGAAUUAAAACCAUACCAGGUACAAUAAGACUAGAUGUGACUCCGGUCCAUGACAACCCAGUGGCCUGUCUGUCUACUGAGCUGAUCCCAGUCAAACCACUGGCUGAGAAGAACGUCCGACCUGUCAAAGAGGUGUUGGAGUUCCCCUCCAGCGAGGUCUAUGUUCCACACAGCACUUACAGGAACCUGCUCUAUGUAUACCCCCAGCGACUCAACUUUGUCAACAGGCUGACUUCAGGAGGAAGGAAUAUCACUAUUAAAAUCCAGUUUAUGAGUGGAGAAGACCCCAGCUGUGUGAUGCCUGUCAUUUUUGGAAAAUCGAAUGGUCCUGAGUUUGUGCAGGAAGUAUACACCCCAGUCACGUACCAUAACAAGUCUCCAGACUUCUAUGAGGAGGUGAAGAUGGCUCUGCCUGCCAGGCUGACUGAGAGACACCACCUGCUGUUCACAUUCUACCACAUCAGCUGUCAACAGAAACAGAACCAGACUGGAGCCAGUGAGACACUCAUAGGUUACUCUUGGCUGCCUAUACUGAGUACUGACAGACUACAGACUGGUCAGUACUGCCUCCCUAUCGCCCUGGACAGAUUACCUGUCAACUACUCACUGCACUCACCUGAGAGGAUUACCCCUCAGGUUCCUCCAGUCAAGUGGAUGGAAAGUCACAAAGGAGUUUUCAACCUGGAGAUACAGGCUGUGUCCUCAGUACACACACAGGACAACCACUUGGAGCGUUUCUUCACAUUGUGCCAUGCCCUGGAGGGCGGAGUGACGUUCCCUCUCCGGGUUCGGGAAGAGAAGAUUCCGGAGAACAAGCUGGAGCAUGAGCUGAAGCUGAGCAUCAUCUCCCUGUCGUCCUCCAGACUAGAACCUCUGGUCCUCUACCUCCAUCUGGUCUUAGAUAAACUGUUCACCCUCAUCAUGCAGCCCAUGGUCAUCGCUGGACAAACAGCCAACCUGGCCCAGAUAGCGUUUGAGUCAGUGGUGUCAAUCGUCAACAGUCUCCACAACAGCCAAGAGUUGGCCAGGGACCAGCAGGGCAGGAACGGUCUCUUAGCAACAUACCUGUACUGGGUGUUCCGUCUGCCUGACUCCAAUGAGCUCCUUAACACAGGUCCAGGGGGUGUGGUACCUCCCACUGAGGGCCGCUACAGUACUAUGGGGCGGGCCUCGGCCAGCACAGUAGGAACCAUGUUACUGCAGUCCCGGCUCCGCAGCAGCAGCAACCCUGACAUCCCUGCCCCACACAGUGCAGAAGACACAGAGGUGAAAAACAUCCUGUCAGCUAAGGGCCAGAACAACCCAGGCAGUCGUAUGUCGACCUAUGUGGAUGUGAGCAGCCACCCUCAGAGCUCUACGGGCGGGACCCGGCCCUCCAACAGAAAACAGUUCCAUGAAGAGUUGGCUCUACAGAUUGUGGUCAGCACAGGAGUCUGCAGAGAGAACGCGUAUAAAUAUGCCUGGUUCUUCUUUGAACUGUUGGUGAAGAGCAUGGCCCAGCAUGUGUCUCAGCUGGAGAAGCAAGACGUCCCUCGCAGGAGCCGCUUCUCAGACCGCUUCAAAGAUGAUGUCACAACCAUCGUCUCUGUGGUUACUGCUGAGAUAGGGACCAUCCUGGUCAAACAGCAGAAGGAGUUGGAGCAGGCAGAGAAGGUGAACAUCAGCCUGGCCUUCUUCCUGUAUGACCUGCUGUCUCUCAUGGACCGAGGCUUUGUCUUCAUCUUGGUCAAAAACUACUGCAACCAGAUGUCGACAAAGACCGUUUCCAUGCCAACCCUGAUUAGCAUGCGAUUGGAGUUCCUGCGUAUCCUGUGCAGUCACGAGCACUACCUCAACCUCAGCCUUUACUUCAGUAGCCCUGCCUCUGCACCCGUCUCUCCAUGCCCAUCCAUCUCCUCACAGAGCUCCAGUUCCUGUAGUUUCCAGGAGCAGAGGAUCCUGGGGCUGUUUGAGCUGUCCCAGGAGUUUAAACAGCAGCACUACCUCGCUGGUCUACUGCUCACUGAGCUCAGCGCUGCACUGGACAUGGAGUCAGAGGGGGGUAAGGUCCAGAAGAAGGCCAUCAACGCCACCUACAGUCUGCUGUGUGCCCAUGACCUGGACCAGCGCUGUACCCGUCCUGACGUCCGGGCCAAGGUGGCCACUCUCUACCUCCCCCUGGUGGGCAUCAUCAUUGACUCCAUCAACUACCUGGACUUCACAGUGUCCGAGGCUCGCGGAGGGAAGAGCAAGACCGGAGGGUCAGACGAAGACCCCGACAACAUCCCGCCCAUUAAUCAGUCUAUUGCUAUGGCAAUCGCCGGCAAUCCCUUCAACACCUUGGCGAGGAAUGCCCUGGCUUCCAUGGCGUCUGUGCAGUCUGCUAAGGCAGUGGCCACCCUGUCAGCAGAGACCAGUCGUAACCUGCUGCUGUGUUUCCUGUGGGUGAUGAAGAACGCUGAGAGGAGUCUGAUCCAGCGCUGGACUGUAGACAUGCCCUCAGCACAGCUCAACAGACUGCUAGAACUACUCACCAUCUGUGUUUCCUGCUUUGAGUACAGGGGGAAGCGGAGCAGUGAUAAGGUGAGCACGCAGGCCUUACAGAAGUCUCAGCAGGCCAAGAUGCAGCUGGAGGACUCCCUACUGAGGGGCAUCGGAGCCCGGGGGGAAAUGAUGCGACGGGCUGGAGGAAGUGACCGUGCAGGUCAGAGAGUGAACCUGCGCUGGAGAAAAGACCUGACACAGUGGAGGCAGACCAAUGACAAACACGACAAAACCAAAGCAGAGCUGGACCAGGAGGCUCUGAUCAGUGGGAAUCUGGCUACCGAGUCCAACCUCAUAGUCCUGGACCUACUGGAGACCAUAGUACAGGCUGUUCCAUUGGCUGACUGUAAGGAAAGUGUUGUGGGUGGUGUGUUGAGGGUGUUGCUACACUGUCUCACCUGCAACCAGAGUACAACCUUCCUGUCUCACUGCUUCAGCACACUGCGAGCACUCGUCGUCAAGUUUGGUGACCUGUUAUUUGAAGAGGAAGCCGAGCAAUGUGCAGACCUGUGUCAGAAGGUGCUCCAGCACUGUAGCAGUCCUGUGGAUGGAAAUAGAAGCCAGGCCUGCGCUACCCUAUACCUCAUCAUGAGAUACAGCUUCAGCUCAGCCAAUAACUUCUCCCGGGUGAAGAUGCAGGUGACUAUGUCUCUAGCCUCUCUGGUGGGGAAGUCCUCGGACUUCCAUGAGGAGUAUCUCCGCAGGUCCCUACGCACCAUACUGGCCUAUGCAGAGGAGGACACAGAGAUGCAGAACACACCGCUGCCCUCACAGGUGGAUGAGCUGCUGAGGAACUUAAACAGUAUCCUGUCAGACACGGUGAAGAUGAGAGAGUUCCAGGAAGACCCAGAGAUGCUCAUGGACCUCAUGUACAGGAUAGCGAAGGGUUACCAGACGUCUCCUGACCUGAGGUUGACCUGGCUGCAGAACAUGGCGGAAAAACACAAGAACAGGAAGUGUUUUACCGAGUCGGCCAUGUGUCUGGUCCAUGCUGCAGCCCUGGUGGCUGAAUACCUCAGCAUGCUGGAGGACCACAAAUACCUACCUGUGGGCAGUGUCACCUUUCAGAACAUCUCUUCCAAUGUGCUGGAGGAGUCAGCGGUAUCAGAUGACAUACUGUCCCCAGAUGAGGACGGUGUCUGUUCAGGACAAUACUUCACCACCAGUGGUCUGGUGGGUCUACUGAAGCAGGCUGCGGAACUCUUCAGCAACGGUGGUCUGUAUGAGACAGUAAAUGAAGUGUAUAAGAUCAUAAUGCCUGUUCUGGAGGCUCACAGAGAUUUCCGGGAGCUGGUCUCUACUCACGAGAAACUCCAGAGAGCCUUCGACAACAUCAUUCAGAAGGGCCAUAAGAGGAUGUUUGGGACGUAUUUCCGGGUGGGUUUUUAUGGGGCCAAGUUUGGAGACCUGGACGAACAGGAGUUUGUUUACAAGGAGCCAGGGAUCACCCACCUGCCAGAGAUAUCCCACAGACUGGAGAACUUCUACAGUCAGUGUUUUGGCGAUGCCCUGGAGAUGAUCAAAGACUCCAAAGACAUAGACAGAAGCAAACUGGAUGCUAACAAGGCCUACAUACAGAUCACCUACGUGGAGCCCUUCUUUGAUGACUAUGAGAUGAAAGACCGCCUGACCAACUUUGAGAAGAACUUCAACUUGCGUCGCUUCAUGUACACCACGCCCUUCACCAAGGCCGGGCGGCCGCGCGGUGAGCUCAACGAGCAGUACAAGAGGAAGACCAUCCUCACCACCAUGCACACCUUCCCCUACAUCAAGACACGCAUCAACGUCAUCCAGAAAGAAGAGUUUGACCUGACUCCCAUUGAGGUGGCCAUCGAGGACAUGCAGAAGAAGACCAGGGAGUUAGCAGUAGCCACACACAGGGAGCAGCCCGAUGCUAAGAUGCUCCAGAUGCUUCUACAGGGCUCUGUGGGAGCCACCGUCAACCAGGGACCGUUGGAGGUGGCCCAGGUCUUUCUGAAUGAGAUCCCAGCAGACCCCAAGCUCUUCCGCCACCACAACAAACUGCGCCUGUGUUUCAAAGAGUUCAUCAUGAGGUGUGGCGAGGCUGUGGAGAAGAACAAGCACCUGAUCACGUUUGACCAGAAGGAGUACCAGCAGGAGUUGAAGAAGAACUACAACCGUCUGAGAGAGAACCUGCGGCCCAUGCUGGAGAGGAAGAUACCCGAGCUCUACAAACCCAUCAAGCCACGCCUGGGGAACAGGGAUUCCGUCAAACGUCUCAGUUUCCGCAGAGCACUGGAGGAAAACUCCUGAGACGGCCAGACAGACUUCUCUAUCUGAGGGAAUGCUCCAGAGGCCAGAGAAAAAAGGAUGCUGUAAAAGUAGAAAAUGUGGCAAAGGGAAGAGGGAGAGCAGAAGGGAGCUAGCAGUCCUCAUUCACCACUGUACACAUGAUUACACGGAGGACUUACAAUAACAUCUUAAUCAAUAACACAACAUUGCUAGUUCUCUUGUUCUAUGAUUACUGCUAGUCCUAACGAUGCUGCAAACUACUGUGGGUUUGAGAAAGACGAGUACAAGUUCCACAUUUAAGGGAUACUUCAGGAUGUUGGCAAUGAAGCCCUUUAUCUACUUCCCCAGGGUCAAAUGAACUUGUGGAUACCAUUUUUAUGCCUCUGUGUGCAGCUUGAAGGAAGUUGCUAACUAGCGUUAGUUCAACUGCCAACUAGCGUUAGCGCAAUGGCUGGAAGUCUUUGGUAACUGUUGGCAUGCUAGUAGAUGGGUCAAAGACGUAUAAGGUUUUCAAAGUAGCAAAAAAAACAAAACAGCAAUUUCAAUUCCCCAAAAGGCUUUUUUUAAUGUUAAUUGGGAGUGUCACCUAUGCCCAUAUUAGUUAUAUUCAAGAAUAAAGCCAAGAAUUCAUUUUUAUUGUGAUUUCAUAUGAAUGUACCCUACUGUUUUUUAUUUGAUACAUUUUUCAUAAUCACAAGGUUAAAUAUCCAUGCUUAGACUGGCAGAAAUAGAACUACCCCGAAAAAAAUGACAUUUUAUUUUGAAUAAAACAUAUUUGAUGUGCCACGGGUACAACUCAAAAUAUGUUGCAGGUUUUUUACAAAAAAAACCUGCCUUACACUGAAAAAAAUGCAAAAAUCUAUGAAAAUAUCUUUCAUUCAUGCUUUGCGAUUUGUUUUUGUCUCUGAGUCAACAAAAAACCUGAAUGACACUGGCACAGAAUAGGAUUCGCAUCCAUUAAAGGUUAUUAGUAGUCUAUUAAUAGUAGGCUAUGAUAACACUUAAUCAAAGUUUAAAAGUUAAAUCAACUCCCUCUCCCUUUCUCUCUCAAACAUGGUUUGUUACUAUUUCGUUGCUAAUGUUAAUAAUAAUCAUUUUACUAUAAUUUGAGAAUGCGGCAACACUUUACGUUGCAUUAAGUUGCAUUAUUGCACGAUUAUUACAUGAUAGUUAAUGUUGUAAUUAUGCGUUGUUACACUCUAACUGGUAAAUGUAUAUUCAAUGCAGGUACACAAAUGCAAUUUCAAGAUGCCUACACAAAAUAGCUACAUAAAAUGCCCAUCAACCUACUUCAAUUCAAACUUGUAGAGUCUCGAUAUUUCAUAAAGUGUCCCAAACGUGAAGCAGCUAUUAAUGAUUAUAAUUCAUAAUCCAUUUGGAAUCCAUAAUUAUGUUUGCGUGUGCGUGAUAUUAUAUUAACCAAUAUAAUCCAUCAGUUAUACCUUAACUGCAGUGCAAUAAAACAUAACUACAGUGUAAUAGCGCAACUUAAUGUUAAGUGUUAUCCACCCAGCUUUAUAUCCUAUUAUAUCCUAUUCUGUUGCUGACAGUAGCAUGAAAACAAUACCUUUUGUAUUUGCAUUUAUUAUGGAUCCCCAUUAGCUGCUGACAAAGCAGCAGCUACUCUUCCUGGUGUCCAACAAAA